AUGGAAAUCUCUUCUAAAAAUUCGUAUAACUCUCAGACAAUGGAAUCUCAAAAAGCGGGGGAAAAUGUCGAUAAAAACAAACACAAAAACGCGAAUGAUGCCCAUGGACAUUGUUACUGCGGUAAAGAUCGAAAUCUGAAUAUAGUUGAACUCCUUUGUGCUUCUUGCAACAGGUGGUUUCACGAAUCAUGUAUUGGGUAUCAGCUGGGCAAAUUGGUUCCAUUCAUGACAAAUUACUUGUUUAUAUGUAAAAAUUGUUCCCCUACUGGUUUGGAAACAUUCAAAAAGAAUCAAGCGCCUUUUCCCCAAAUGUGUCUUACUGCCUUAGCCAAUCUCCGACAAGAAAGUGUAAAAGAUGGCAGUAAUAAGUCAAUGUUUGGUAAGGACAGAGAAAUUAUUCCAUACAUUGAUCAGUAUUGGGAGGCCAUGACGACAAUGCCUAGAAGAGUUACACAAUCUUGGUAUGCCACAGUGCAAAGAGCAUUAAUUAAGGAUAUUCAAGUUAUGUUUACAUAUGAAGAAGACCCAAAUCAGGGGCCAAUGUAUGGAUUAUUCAACAUUGAGCUGACAAAUAUUAAGCCUAAUUAUGAGGCAAUGAUAAAACAGGGACAAUUGAAAGUUACCGAUAUGGGCAUAGCAACAGUACCACUAGCGGGUAACGUAAAGGGUAGGCAAGGAAAGCGACGGCCGGCAGUGGGUACUGAGACCGGAGCACCCGUUGGCAAGAAGGGCAGAUCGAGUGACUUAAGCUCGCUGAAGCUACCCUCGCACGGCUAUCCAACAGAGCAUCCAUUCAACAAAGAUGGAUAUCGUUAUAUACUUGCCGAGCCAGACCCACAUGCGCCGUUUAGACAGGAGUUUGACGAAAGUAAUGAAUGGAGCGGCAAGCCGAUACCUGGAUGGUUGUACCGCUCACUUUGCCCCGGUGUAGUACUGCUGGCACUACAUGAUCGCGCGCCGCAAUUAAAAAUAGCUGAAGAUAGAUUAGCUGUCACUGGAGAGAAAGGCUAUUGUAUGGUGCGAGCUACACAUGGUGUUUCCCGUGGAAUCUGGUACUGGGAAGCGAGUGUAGAAGAGAUGCCGGAAGGGGCGGCAGCGCGCGUCGGCUGGGGCCGGAGGUACGCCAACCUGCAAGCCCCGCUAGGGUACGACAAGUUCGGGUAUUCGUGGCGAAGCAGAAAGGGCACUAGAUUUCACGAAUCUCGCGGAAAGCACUUCAGCAAUAGCUACGGCGAAGGCGAUACUUUGGGCUUCCUCAUAGUGCUGCCUGAGAGUCAUUCCACCAAAUACACGCCCAACACUUACAAAGAUAGACCAUUAGUAAAAUUCAAGAGCCAUCUGUACUACGAAGACAAAGACAACAUUCAAGAAUCUCUAAACAAUUUGAAGGCACUCGCGGGUAGUCGCAUAUUUUUCUUCAAAAAUGGCGAAUGUCAAGGCGAGGCUUUUGCGGACGUGUACCAGGGAUGUUAUUAUCCGUCAGUUUCGUUGCACAAGAAUUGUACAGUUAGUGUUAACUUUGGACCUAAUUUCAAAUGUCCCCCCAACACGGACCAAUCAUAUAGACCGAUGUCAGAAAAAGCUGAAGAAGCAAUAUGUGAACAAACCAUGGCCGACUUAUUAUAUCUGACCGAGAAUGAAGGGAAACUAAGAUUGGAUAAUUUCAAUCUCUGA